AUGCUUAUUAUGAACUGGUUGGUUUUGACAAAAUCGAAUUAUGAUGAUUAUAAGGAUUUGAAGGAUCACCAGGGAAACGAGAAGAAUCGCAAUGAGAAGAAGCUGUUCUCCGGCAAAACCAUAAACAAAUUUUUCGGUGGCGCGAAAUUGUCGAGCUACAUCUCGGCAAUUCCCAGCUCGUAUCCGCACAGCAACUCCGGAAUCGACACCGUCAUGCUCAUGGAAGAUGUCGCAGGAUGGGUCCGUGCGCAAUCUUCUGAAGAGAAUGAAGGUGCUAUACAAGCAGCCGUCAAUCUUCUCGCGUUGGUCCAUGACAUGAAACAAUUUUCGGCGGAGGUCUGCGGACAGAAAUUUUUCAAAUUUGUUGAAUUCGCGGAUUUUCUCAGAUUGCAAAGGACAAAAUACAAGGCUAGCUCAACGCCACCUGAAAUCAAUCUGCUCACACAAAACAAUGAAACGAAGGCGUUUUCGUUUAAAGUCAGCAUUAAUAGCACAUGCAAAAUGGGGUAUAAUGUGCUAGAUGAGUAUACAUUCUUCAUUGGGAAAUAUUCGGCUAUCUUUUCAAUAUACCAUAUUGAUCGAAUGAUUUUUGGCGGUGGAUGCGCCGAAACGGGAUCAGUCAAUCCGGAUCACAUAUUUCCGAACAAGACAACACGAAUAAUUUCCGAGUUUGGAAGCGGCCAGGAGUUUGGACAAGACGUUGCGAAGCGGAUUCCGUUUCCGCCGCCGUCUGAAGGCUAUCCAUCGAACGUCUAUCAGACACAUUUUGCAAGUGCCAAUCAGUUCAAAUCAAAAAUUUGCACCGCACCAGGCAUGGAAUUCAGUUUAGCCCAAUUCGAAGCCUAUUCAUCAUUUUUCUACGCGCGCUGGAAAAUUCCGACACGAGAAAUGGGCAAAGGAGCAGGAUCGACCUAUUACGAACUGGUCGAUACACCCGAUCUUUAUGUCUUCCGACAUAACAUCCCUUUGAUGUAUCUUAAUCGAUAUAUCAUGUUUUGGGAUUUCAUUGUUCGAUGCGAAUACAAUAUCAAUGGAGACGGAAAGUGGAAAAUCACGGCGGUUGAUAUUGGAUGUCCGAAGCAGCAUAUAGCGGGAAAAGGAAUUGAGGAGACUUAUGGUCAUGGAAUAGUGGAGCAAGCGAACAAAGCAAUUACUGCAUUGGUCGAAUCGAGAAAUUCGGAAGAUUGGGAAUGUCGCUUCAAUUUCAAUAAACUUUUCGAAUUCAACGAGAAACCGAUGAAAUUGAAAAUUUGCGAUACGGAGAGCCAAGACGUGAAGAAGACAAUGUGGGAGUUGUUCACAUCGUAUGAUGCACAGAGCCAUCGUGUCACAACGAGCAUUAUCUCGUAUGCGCCGUACCUCAAGUUCACCAUCAAAACCGAACUUAUCGUUUGUGGCGUCACCGGAAAUGAGUCGAGCUGGAAUUUCCGCGCAAAAUAUGAUCCCAUUAUGACGAUUUACAACUUUGAGGAGCUCGAAAUUGCGUGUCCAAUUGUCAUUAGUUAUGGCCCAUUGAUUGUGACGAAUUCAACGAGAUUUUAA